ACAGAUGAUGAACCACACAAAGAAAUAAAAUAUGCAUAAUAUAUCUGAUAGUGAUAAGCGCUGUGAAGAAGAAUGAAGCAAGAAGAGGAAUAGAGGAGGGCACCAGUUUGGCAAUUUUUAAAAAGAUGAUCAUGGAAGACCUUUGUGGACAGAUGAAACCUGAGUAAAGAUAUGAUUGAAGUGAUGGAGCAUGCCAUGUGGAUUCAUGGAGAAAUAGCAAUCCAGAGAGUGGGAACAAGAGUAUGAGUUUUGAGGCAGGAGCAAGCCUGGUGUGUUCAAAGAACCAUAAGGAGUCUAAAUAGAAUGGUGAGAUUGUGGGCUAGAGGGGGUGAGGGGCAGUGAUAAGGAACAGAAAAUAGGGAGACUGCAAAAUAGACAGGGAGAGACUUCGGAACAGGGAGAGAGGCUGGAGUAGAGAGAAGGUUAAAGAGAGGUGGAAGAACUGGGGAACACCGAGAGGAGAGACUAUUAUGGCAAGCAGGGGUACUGAAGGUAUGCCGAGGGGCAUAGAAAGGAAGUCUGAGAGUAAGUGGGCAACUGUGGGUCCAAGAAGAGGUACCGAGGCAGAGACUGAAGGAGAGGCGGAGACUGAAGGACAAUGAGGAGCAGAAUUAGGCUAGAAAGGGAAGUCUAAGGAAAAGAGGGAGAAGACUGAAGGAGAGUGAGGGCAUACUAAGGGACAGAGGGAAGACAGGCUGAGGGGCAGAGAGUUGGGAGAAUCAGGGGCAGAGAGUUGGGAGAAUCAGGAGCAGAGAGAAGAAACUGGAUAUUCCGGUGCCUCAUCAGCAUCCCUGGCGUCCCUGUCCCGCUUUAGCAGUUCCUAGAGAAGCUUGACCUGCCCUGAAGGCGUCUGAAAAGAAAUCUGAACUCCUGAUGAAAGAUGAUGAAUUUAGAGCCCAGCCUCUGAGGAUGUGAUAAAAGCCCCCAGUGGGUAGGGCAGAACAAAGCACCUGAAGCCCUUGCAGAGAGGACUGAACAGCAUGGCUGUCGGGCCUGCUCUGUGGCUGGGCUUUCUGCUCCUGGUUUCCUUCUUGGGACCCUCAGGUUCAGGUAGGAGGAGGAAGAGGACGCAGGCCUGGAAUGCUAACAGGGCCUGGUCUGACUUCCUCCCCUCCGUGUCCCACAGCCUCCCUUCUUAGGCGCCUGGGUGAGCACACUCAGCAGCUUCAGGAGAGCUCUGGCCCAAACCUAGGGUUGAGCCUGGGCCAGGGUGCUGAGGCCCUCCCAAAAGAGGGCUGGCUGGAGCAGCUGCUGGACCCCUUCAACACAUCUGAUAGACGAUCUUUCCUGCAGCGGUACUGGGUGAAUGACCAACACUGGACUGGCCAGGAUGGACCCGUAUUCCUGUAUCUUGGGGGUGAGGGCAGUCUUGGACCUGGCUCAGUGAUGAGAGGUCACCCUGCAGCCCUGGCCCCGGCCUUGGGGGCCCUGGUGGUAGGUUUGGAACACAGAUUUUAUGGCCUGAGUAUACCUGUCAGGGGCCUGGACAUGGCUCAGCUCCGCUUCUUGUCCAGUCGCCAUGCGUUGGCUGACGUGGCCUCUGCCCACCUCGCACUCUCCCGCCUCUUCAACGUCUCCUCCUCUAGCCCUUGGAUCUGCUUUGGAGGCUCCUAUGCAGGCUCCCUGGCCGCCUGGGCCCGGCUGAAGUUCCCGCAUCUCAUUUUCGCCUCGGUCGCCUCCUCGGCCCCUGUGCGCGCGGUGCUGGAUUUCUCGGAGUAUAAUAACGUGGUGUCCAGAAGCUUAAUGAACACAGCGAUUGGCGGAUCCCCGGAGUGCUGGUCGGCGGCGUCCGCUGCCUUCGCGGAGACGGAGCGGCGGCUGCGCGCCGGCGGGGAGGCCCAGGCGGCGCUGCGGGCGGAGCUGGGCGCGUGCGGACGCUUGAGCCGUGCUGAGGACCAGGCGGAGCUGCUGGAGGCGCUGCAGGCGCUGGUGGGGGGCACCGUGCAGUACAACGGGCAGGCGGGGGCGCCACUGAGUGUGCGACAGCUGUGCGGACUCCUCGUGGGCGGGGCCGAUCGCGGCCGCACGGCACCCUAUCGCGGCCUGCGCAGGGCAGCGCAGAUUGUGAUGCAUAGCCUGGGACAGAGGUGUUUAAGCACUUCCCGAGCAGAGACAGUGGCACAGCUGAAGGACACAGAACCUCAAGGGUCUGGUGUGGGUGACCGGCAGUGGUUGUACCAGACAUGUACUGAGUUCGGCUUCUAUAUCACCUGUGAGGACCCAAGAUGCCCUUUCUCCCAGCUCCCAGCACUGCCCUCCCAGCUAGGUCUUUGUGAGCAGGUAUUCGGCCUCUCAGCCUCAUCGGUAGCCCAGGCCAUAGCCCAGACGAAUUCCUACUAUGGUGGCCAGACCCCGAGGGCCACCCAAGUACUGUUCGUUAAUGGGGACGCAGAUCCCUGGCAUGUGCUAAGUGUAACACAGUCUUUGGGACCCUUCGAGUCAGCCGUUCUCAUCCCUAACGCCUCCCACUGCUUGGACAUGGCAACUGAGAGACCCUCAGACUCCCCCAGCCUCCGUCUAGCACGCCAGAAGAUCUUCCAGCAGCUACAGACCUGGUUGACCCUGACAAAGGAGAGCCAGGUUAGGGAUGGAGCCUGAGGUUCACAACCUUGCCACUUCCUGUGUGGCCACUUCAGUCGUGGAUGCAUUCAUUCAUUCCACAAAAGGAAACAGCUUGUUUUGAAGAAGGAAAUUGUCAGGAAUUGGGAAUCAUCACUUGUUCUGAAUACAACUGACUCCUGUCUGCAGAAGUCCUCACUCCCAACUAUAAAGUGCUUUCUUAUAAACAAAUAGUUAUAUAAAUAUAAGUUGAUGAUUAUUCUCAUGGUAAAUUUGUUAUUUUGAAUGUCAAAUGUCAAAGAAAUGAGGCUUCUCAUGCUGGUGCCCUUCCCCUGCUAAUCAGAUUCCAGGUCAAGUCCCGCCACUCCAGCUCCGGGGCUGGUCCCUUUGCCGUGUGUGUCUCUCUCUCAACCUCAGACCCUAACCCGGCCUCUGGCCUCUGCUUCUCACUCGUUCUUUCACUGUGUCCUUCUCCCUCAGUCUCUUCCCCUCUAUCUGGUCUCUAUCUCUAUUUGUCUCUCUCACUUGCUUUCUGUCUCUCUGAUUAUCUUUGUCUCUGUCUCUGUGUGUCUUAGUCUGUCUAUUUCUCUGUCUCACAGCCUGUGUCUCUGUGCCUGUCGCUCAGUCACAGUGUCUUUCUCCCUCUUAUUCUGUCCUUUCCUUUCCCCUCUUCUCUUCAUCCCUCCUCUCCUCUUUUCACUUCUCUUCCGCUCUCCUUCUUCUUCCUUCUUUCUCUCUCUCUCUUCCUCUGCCCUUGGCUAUCUUCACUACUCUCCACCUUCAUUCUUGAUCUCUGUGUCUCUUCUAGUCACCCUCUAUCUCUAUUUCCCUCUCUUAAGGCUUUCCCUAAUGCUUUCCUUCAUUGUCUUCUCAGUUUCUCUGCCUCCCUGAGGCUCUGCCUGUCUCUGAUGUGCUUCCUUUCUCUCUCUAUUCCUUCCUCUGCUCAUCACCCAAACUUUGUCCUUCUCUGACACUCUCUUUCAGCCUUCCUCCCAUAGUCAAAUCAGUCACUCACGGGCAUUUCUAGCUCCCAACCCUGGGUUCUGACCAAGCCUUCCUAAUGGGAACAUCCCAGGUCCUGGGAGGGUGGGCCUGAUUUCAAGGGUGCCUGCUUAGCCUGUUUUAGCCACCUCCACAGUGCCAUGUUUCAUCAUUCUAAGCAGCAGCCACCAAAAGGAGGAAGUAACGAAUCAUGGAGACUGAGUAGGGAGGAUUUUUUUCCAUGUUAAAGACACCACAUUGUGGCACCAGUGACACUCUUAUUUUCAUGUCUACAAUGAGUUUUGAAUAAAUAACCAGCACCUGAUUCCAAUACAUCAGAACUUGAUUCCUGACUUGCCUAAGCUCAUUUCAGUUAGAAGUAUUUUGUGCCAUUUUCUAACCAAUGUUUAUUUACAGAAUUACGGUUUGAGCUCUUCAGAUGUAAGAGAGAUUAUACCGAAAACAGCAAACUCAGUAAUUCCCAGCACUCCUCUUUUUCAUUUCCAGC